AUGCGAAGGAAAAGGUUGCCCAGAGGCCUGGAGGUGUUGUGCCCGCCUUACUCGCGCGGAGGAAAACAGCGACCACGAAGGGACUCGAACCCUCAAUCUUCUGAUCCGGAAUCAGACGCCUUAUCCAUUAGGCCACGCGGCCAGCCGGCGGGCCGGCUCCUCUCCUCUGAAAACCAAGAGGAUGUGGCGCGGUGGGAAGGCGUCCUUCCGCGGCCGGCGCGGGCAUGCCGCUCCUCCAGGGCUCCUCGUCCGAGGUUAGCUCCACCGACAGCCGAGCCGCGGAGCCUGCGGAGCCCGCCAGGACGCACAGUCGAGCCCGGAGCCCGCGAGGACGCACCGCGGAGCCACAGACCCCGCGGAGCCGGCGGAGCCCGCGAGGACGCACAACUGAGCCUCGGCGCCCGCGAGGACGCACAGUCGAGCCCGGAGCCCGCGAGGACGCACCGCGGAGCCACAGACCCCGCGGAGCCGGCGGAGCCCGCGAGGACGCACAGUCGAGCCCGGAGCCCGCGAGGACGCACAGUGGAUCCCGGAGCCCGAGAGACGCACAGUCGAGCCCGGAGCCCGCGAGGACGCACAACUGAGCCUCGGGGCCCGCGGAGCCCGCAGGACGCACAGCGGAGCCUCGGAGCCCGCAGGACGCACAGCUCCGCGUCAGGAAGGGGAGGCCGGCUGCCAGAGGGGAGCACCCCCGAGGCGUUGAAUGAUGCUUGGAGAAGUGGCGCAGAAUUGUCCAAUAAGAAGUUAUUUCAAGCUGGAGUGCCUCAACUUUGAGAAUGUUCUUCUCUAGCAAGAAAAGAAAGUAAAGACUGAGGUCAGAAUGCUGUGAUUCAAAUUGGCCGCAUGUCUGUAUCUUGCUAGCAGUACUGGGCACAAGGAAGACGCAUGCUACUAAUGGUACUAAUAUUGUCUUUUCCAACACAAUUAGAGGUAUCCUGGCCACAAAUAACUCUUAGCAGCAGCUGGACAAGAAAGCAAAGCUGUUGUGAGCAAGACUCCAGCUUGCAGGGGCCGCCCCAGUAGAGUUCAAGCCCAACACCUCAGCACUUGGCUGUCCCAGCCCUGGACCUCGCCCUUCUUUGUAUGUCGAUAUCAAUCAUAAUGUUUUGUUGCAACAUCACAAUGAUUGGGGUAAACCUGGGUGAUUUUAAAAAUCCAGUGGCAGGGGAGAUCCAUGUCUUAUGGAACCCAAAACUUAUAUAGUAUUGGGGUACCAUCUUUAAGAAAAAAAUACAAAACUGUGAAUACAAAAUUAGCUAUGAGAGUAAAUAUUUAUUUAGAAUACAAAAACAAAUGGAAACAAAUUAUAAAUUUUUAAAAAGUUCAUGAAUUCUACAAUCAUUAGAAAAAGUUAACUUAUUAAUAUACCUCUAUGUUUCUUCUCCAUUA